CCAUAUCAAAGAUUCAAAGACGAUGGAAAAUACUUAUCAUAUAAAAUGUCUUAUUAUAUUUUAAUAUUUAUACCACCAUUUGAACGAUGAAGAAGGCUAUUGUUUUCUUGUCAAAUUUAAAUAAUGAUUCUCUUUGCGUUUAUAUUGAAUGAUAGUUGAAACUUUUCGCAAAUAGUCAAUUCUGUAGCACUAAGUGCGUUCUUUCCAGAGCCGACCGGAUCAACCGAUAGGAUUUAUAAAAAAAAAAAAAAAAUUAAAAACCUCCAGAACAUGUCUCUGUCUCAGAUGCACACUUGAUGAAGAAUACUCUAACCAAGAAAAAGAAAUGUCGUAUUUUAUUUUCAUGGUCAAAUGCUUCAAAUAUUAUGUGUUUAUGCUAGGUGAAAUUUCUACUUUUGUAUUAUUCCACAAACAAUAUUUUAGUAUAUUCAUAUUAAUCUAACCCGAAAUAUAUUUUUAUAUGUGACCGUUGGAUGAAAGAAGAGUUCAACCAGUGAACAACAAUCAAUGUUUUCUUUUCUAGUCGAUGAUUAUACCCUUUUUUGUUCAUAUUACGUGUUAUUUAAAAACUAAUCCUGAAAAUGUUAGAAAUUUUUAGAAAAUGUUGUAAAUAUCCAAAUAUAGGGAUUUGAAUAUACGCAUUUUAAUCUGUGACUAUAAAAAAAAAUCUAAUUGACAUAAAUUGAAAAAAUAUAUAACUUUAUUGAAGAUAGAAAAUAUUUAUAACUUGAAACCGAGGAAGCAAAAUUAAGGAGUUUAAGUAUCCAAUCGGUUAGGGUUUGUAUCAACCCGGUUUGGUUUUUGGCCUUUUUCAUUUCCAGCUGUUUUUUGUGAAAAAUAACCCCCAUAAAUGUUUUAAUCAAUUUUUAAAUGAAGAACCUUUUUUGAAAGGAGUUUAAAUUAGAAACACAAUGAAAUUAAUUAUUUCAAUAUCGGAAACUGCUAAAUCUAAAACUCACACGCACAUAAUCUCCUCGACCUAUAUAUACAUUCAAGCAGCUUCAUACCUUUUCCAAGCAACAACAAUACACACAAAGUUCGGACCAUGAACAUAACUAAAACCACUCCUUGGUUUCUUUUCUUGUGCCUGAUUCUUCUUUCAGGCUACAAAAGUGUAAAAGGAUCGAUUUCUCCAUCUAGCGAGCCCACUAAAGAUGGCAAGUUUGGUUUCAAACCGACAGCGUUGUUUGUGUUCGGAGACUCGUACGCAGACACCGGGAACACACCAGUCAUAAUCUCGCCCUCAUGGAGGUUUCCUUACGGAAUCACUUUCCCGGGAAAGCCUACCGGCAGGUUUGGUGAUGGUCGUAUUUCAACUGACUAUCUCGCCAAGUAUCUUGGACUUAGAACACCGAUUGCAUAUAAAUGGAGGAGGUUCGCACUACCGAGACAAGUUGUGAAUAAAGGAAUCAAUUUCGCAUUUGGUGGAGCUGGCGUGUAUGAGACAAUUUUCACAGUCCCCACCGCGAGUAUGCAGAUCAAUUCCUUUGAACGACUUCUCCGGAAAAAUGUUUAUUCGCCGGCCGAUCUCAACUCUUCCGUAGCUUUUUUCAGCUUCAUCGGCAAUGACUAUAUCAAGUACAACAUAUUCAAUGGUACCUCGCAGGGCCGUCCAGCAUUGAUAAGGAGAGUUACGAAACAGAUUUUGUUGGAUGUAAAGCGAAUUAAGGACUUGGGAGUGAGAAAGGUGUUUGUAGUUUUAUCUCCACCGCAUAAUUGUGUGCCGUUAUAUUCCACUUCUAAAGGCUGCAACACUAGUAACCCGUUGACGAAGCUCCACAACAGUCUUAUCCGUGAAGGAUUGAGAAAACUAAACGAUGAGAAUAAUGAGAAAAGCUUCCUCAUGCUUGAUUUCUACAAGGCUUUCAUGACCAUAUUCAAGUAUAGAGGAGUUCCAGGAGUUUCGACAUUUUCGGAACCAUUGAAGGCAUGUUGUGAGGGAAGAAAAGGAGGAAACUCUUGUGGAGAUGUAGACAUAUACGGUAGAAGGUUAUACAGUGUCUGCAAAGAUCCAAAGUCAUUCUUUUUCUGGGAUAAUGUUCAUAUUACUGAUGAAGGAUGGCGUUCUGUAUUUUCUCUUCUUCUACCUGAUUCACGAUAAUGGAUCAUGUAUGUCUCCAAAAAUUCAACUACUAUGAGAAUGGAUGAGUAGCCAAUUCAUAUUUUAUAAAGAAAUUUCACAUAUAAAAGAUCCAGUACAUGAAACAAUUGCAUUUUUUUUUUGAAAAAGGGUUUUCAUUCAUGAAACAUGAAACAAUUGCAUACUCAUCAUACGUUCUUUGUUGGUGACUUUAAUAAAACGAAAAAGAUGUGGUUUUAUGUUGUUA